AUGGCGUUUCUACCCAUCAGACCGACGUCCAAAAGGGACUUAUGCAUCAUUGGUGCAGUCUUCAUAACUUUGGUCUUGAUUUUGCAUAACCCAUUCCUUGGCGAUAUUCGGGAGCGGCGGAAAUCUGCCCCCUUUUCAGACUUGAUGAGCAAUAUUGACAACAGCACAUUGGGCUUUGAGAAAAUCCUGGUUGUCAGUCUGCCGUCGCGGACAGAUCGCCGGGAUAACAUGAUUCUCCAGUCUUCUCUCAGUAACAUAGACAUCGAGUUUAUUGACAGCGUCGCCGGCGACAGCGUAUCGGACAAGGCGAUUCCGAAGACGACUGAGCAUGACCGACUAAGUAACGGCGCUAUCGGGUGCUGGCGCGGGCACAUGAACGCCCUUUCAGAGAUUGUCCGUAGGAACUUGUCUUCGGCCCUGAUUCUUGAAGACGACGUCGAUUGGGACGUUAGAAUCAGAGGCCAACUGCACGAUUUUGCUCUCUCGACUCAUGCGCUCAUCCAGCCUCUCGUGGGGACCCCUCUUUCGUACGCGGACCCCACGUACAAGAACCCUACCGGCGAGAUUCCCGGGACCGUCCCGGACAUCCCCUUCGACCACCUCCCGGCAACAGUCCCGCCGACGACUUCACCGUACGGCGACGACUGGGACCUGCUCUGGGUCGGCCACUGCGGCAUGCACUUUCCGUUCCACGACAACAAGAACGUCCCCAAGGCUCGCAUCAUCCACACAAACGACGUCACCGUCGCGCCCAAGAAGAACCUCUGGACGUUCAACAUCCCGUUCACGCUGAAGGAGAAGUACCCGGAGCACACGCGGGCAGUGCACCACGCGCAGGAGGGCGUCUGUACGCUGGGCUAUGCCGUAAGCCAGCGAGGCGCGAGGAAGUUGCUGCAUGAAGUAGCGCUAAAGGACGUGAGCGACGCCUACGACAUUCUGUUGAGAUUCUUCUGCGAGGGCGCCAAGGGACGGAAGCCGCAUAACUGCAUCGCGACGCAACCGGCGCUUUUCCACCAUUACAGACCAGCCGGGCCUCUCAGCUCCAUGAGCGAUAUCGGAAACCACGGUGAUGGUUUCAGGGAGACGAGUAUGAGUGACAUGAUCAGGUGGAGCGUGCGACUCAACGCCGACGCAAUUCUGGAGGGGAAGACUGAGUAUGCAGAUCAGUAUCCUGAUGAUAAAUAA